GUGGAAUUUCGUUUUUCUUUUUCUUUUUCUUUUUCUUUUUCUUUUCUUUUGUAUUUUGGGGGAAAAUGGAAACCUUGAGUGAUUCGUUUUUGUAUCUGUUUUUUUUCCUGUAAUUGCGCGGAAAUUAGUGAUUUAUUGUAAAAUUUGUUUGAUUGAUGCUUGGAAACAAAUGGAUUCGGGUUUUUCUUUGUUUGAAUUUCAAGGUUACGAAAUUUCAAUUAGCCAGCGACUUUAUUGCCUCUCUUUUUUUUGGAAUAUUUUAUUACGUAACGAUCUUUACUCCGAAGGAGUCAAAAGAGAGACAAAGACAAAGAUCAGAAUCGUUGAAUCAAGUUAAGCAGGAUGGCAUUAGUCUCUGGAGGAAGAUCAACACUGAACCCCAAUGCCCCUCUUUACAUUCCAGCUGCCUUCCGCCAAGUGGAGGAUUUUUCUCCAGAAUGGUGGGAGCUGGUAACAACUCUAAAAUGGUACCAUGACUACUGGCUCAGCCAGCAACAAGAAGAUGAAGAAGGCUUUUAUGUAAACGGUAGUGAGGAAGGUAGCAAUGAUGUGGUUGAUUUGCUACCUGAUGCAUUUGAUCUUUAUGCUGGUGAAGAUCUUUCUGCUUUGGAUGCUCAGUUUGAAGAGUUUCUUCAAUCUUCUGAAAACCAAGAAGAAACUCGACCCAACACUUUUGUGGAGCCAGAGCAUGGACCAAAGUAACUGCAUGAGGCUGAAUGUCAGUCACGGCCUUAGCUUGCGGUCAUUUAGCUACUGUACCAUGUUAUCGUUAGCUUUAACUUUCUGUUAACUCUUGUAUAGAGGUUUCAAGUUACAAUCUAACCUUCUCUUGCUUUACCAAAUUCUCUGGUAAAAUAUGGAAGGAAAAGUAAAAUUUGUGACUAUAUUUCGUACUGAUGUAAGAACUACUACAAGUAUUCAAAUUACAAAAAUGAAAAAAGACAAACAGUUCUCUAUUAGGAAUUGUUUUCUCAUGACUUUAAACCUUAAUUAAAAUGGGCACGUUCUCUGUCAGCUUCAUAGUUGCCAAAUUUAAGGGGGCAUUCGAUGCGCUGCUGUGAUUCUUAACACCCAAUUAACUUUAGGACGUAAAAAUCAAAGUGCUUUGACAUAAAUCCGCCUCAGAUUGUCAGCAGAAAGGAGUGGCACCUUCAUAAAACAUGACAAAGCCAUGUCCAAGAGUAAAUGUAAUUAUAUUCCGACUCCUCUUCUAGAGAUACUCUAAUUCUCCUGCCUUGUGGAAAGGCCAUGAAUACAUAAAAUUUAAUGUAUUCAUAUACAUAAAAUUUGAAAAUCUAUCACCCAAAAUGUAGAUAUUACCAAUUUAUGUACAUUAAAGAUGCAGAUCUUAGUCUUACGACUCAUUUCAAAACUACACAAUCACCGACUGUGACACCUGGCAGCGUGGAUGCAUUUUAUCUGAUUAGUUGGUGGGGGUAAUCACACCAGCUAGUUGAAUGAAAUGGGUGUAAAAGCUUAAGCUGCAAACAUGUUAUUGCCUCUGCAACACGUCAGUUCAAUUACAUCCUUAAUGAAAGUCAAGGGGCAAAAUUCUUUUCAUGCGGAAAGCCCUGGCCCUGUCCCCACGUAUUCCGUAUCCUCAUCUUCAAGUUGUUUCCUUCUUUGAGCUUCAAGUUUAGUUUGGUUGCCAAUAGCAUCAGAGAUGGCUUUUGGUAACCAAAAUCCUGGUUUCUCAAGGAAUGGGGCCCGGUCAAGAACCAAAGGUUCUCUCUCAGUUAUUUCAACUCCAUCAAAGGCCCACAAUUUCAAGGUUGCUUCACCUUUGAGACCCAAAGAGAACCAACCUAAACCCGCAAUUGCUAUGUCAAUGCUGUUGACGUCCCAACUAGAUCCAGACACUUUUACUUCCCUUUCUUCCCAGGUUCCUAAUUCAGCAGCUCGGUCAUUACCCAUGGGAGGCUGGAAAAAGAAUAAAAUUAAAUAAAAUUAAAUUAGAGAAAGCAUAGACCAACGUCCAUUUCAGAAGAAAGAUGAUAAAGCACAAUUUUAUUUUAUAUCAUCCAAGCUAUAUAUGUUGUCAUUUUAAAUAAAAAUUUAUUAUUAAUUAAUUUAUAUAUAGCUUGUAUGAUAUAAAUUAAAACUCC